CGGAUCGGGUUUCGCGAUAUUAGAUUAGAGUAGGCACCUAGAUAAGAAACGAUCCGAUAAAUACCGGCACGCGAAACGAUUCUAGCCAGUAUCACCCCAUCAAAAUGGCCCCCGUCGUGUACUACAUGUCAAUGAGCCCCGCCGCCCGGGCCACCCUCCUUCUCGUCAAAGCCCUCGGCAUCGAAGUGGACCUCAAGGAGAUCAACCUGAUGGCCGGCGAGCACAUGACGCCCGAUUUCCUCACCAAGAACCCCUUCCACACGGUCCCCACGCUGGAAGAUGGGGACUACACGCUGUGGGACAGCCACGCUAUCAACGUGUAUUUGAUCGAGAAAUACGCCCCGGAUAGCGAUUUGUACCCGAAGGAUCCGCAAGCAAGAGGCACCGUGCUCAAUCGGAUGUUCUUCAACGUCGGUACGGCUUUCCCGAAACUACUCGCUAUAGGCCAAUCGAUAUUCGGCGGCGCGAAAACGGUGGGGAAAGACAAAAUCGCGCCGGUGUUAGCGAUGUACGAUCAGCUCGAAACGCUCCUGCAACGCGACGAGUUUGUGGCAGGAGAAAACCUCACCGUGGCGGAUUUGUCGCUGGUCGCGACGAUUUCUUCGUUGAACGUGUUCGUACCGAUAGCGGAGAAUAAGUACCCGAAAAUUAGCCGAUGGUUGGACAGGUUGAAGGCUUUGCCGUAUUAUUUCGAAGGGAACCAAAAGGGUUUGGACACGUACCAAGCGAUGUUUAAGAGCAAAUUGGCCUGAAUAAAUACGUAUUUUGUUGUUUA